AUGGAUGGAUCCAUCACAAGGUCAUCAUUGUGGCCCUUUUUUAAAGUGCUCAAACUAUCAAGGAACAUGAGGCUUAAUGAUUCACAGGAUAAUAGAAACUUGGUCGGCUGUGGAAUGAACUUUGGUGAGUGGAUUCUGGCGCUAGGAGAUGGAAGGCUUCCAACAAAAUCCUUUAUGGUUAACACACCUUCAGAUUGGAUUGAGAUACCACAAAUACUCUUGAUAUAUGCUGGAAAAAAUCCAAUCGAGUCAAUCACAAGUGACAUAUAUGACACAUUUGAGGAACAACACAUGAGCACAGAUUACCUAAGUGGAAGGGCAAUCGUUACUCCUACUAAUGCAGUUGUGACUGAAGUGAAUGACUUCAUGUUGCAAAAAAUUCCUGGACAUUGCCGUUGCUACUACAGUUCAGACUCUAUGCAACUUGAUACAGAGAUACCUCAACUAUUUGCUGAAACUUAUCCAACAGAAUUUUUGAAUGCUCUUCAGUUCAAUGGUGUUCCAGAUCAUGAAAUAAGACUUAAGGUUCACACUCCGAUCAUCUUGCUGAGAAAUUUGAGCCCGCCAAACGGCCUGUGGAACGGUAGGAGGAUAUUGAUUACGAAAUUGGGGGAAAAUAUCAUUGUUGGAAACAUCAUGGGAGGAUCUUUUGACACAAAAGAGGUUGUUAUACCACGAAUAGUACUCAACGUAGAAGACAAACGCUGGCCCUUCAUACUGAAGAGGAGGCAAUUCCCAGUACGAUUAUGUUAUGGGAUGACUAUAAAUAAGAGCCAAGGUCAGACGCUGGACAAGGUUGGAGUCUAUUUGCCCAAACCAGUAUUCAGUCAUGGACAGCUUUAUGUGGCAGCUUCAAGAGUAAGAUCUGCAAAUGGUUUGAGAUUCUUGAUUGAAAAUGAAGAGGACAUUCCAGCCAAUUACACGAGAAACAUUGUAUAUUCAGAAGCCUUCACAGAUAUUGCACCUGGUUAA